AACGACCCAAGAACCGACAUUGAGUUAGGGAUCCUAUUUCAUCCUCAAAUAGCCCUAAUUUCUGCAAUUCGAUUCAAUCCAACCAAUAAUGGAGGAAACCAGUGCUCCGCUCAUACAAAUCUUCGUAAAACUUCUCGACGGAAAAACAUCAACGUUAACAUUCCCAUCCCCAUCUGCCACCGUUCAAUCGAUCAAAAACCGAAUCUCCGAAAUCACAAAAAUCCCAACCCAAUCCCAACGCCUAAUCUCUAACGGCAAACAGCUCAGCGACACCGCCGUUAUCUCCACGUCAGAAUGCACCGUUCAUCUCUUACUCCGUCUAAUCGGAGGCAAGGGCGGGUUCGGUUCUCUACUAAGAGGAGCGGCGACCAAAGCGGGUCAAAAGAAGACGAACAACUUCGACGCGUGUCGAGAUAUGAGUGGACGGAGGCUGCGACACGUGAAUGCGGAGAAGCGGCUGGAGGAGUGGAAGGCGGGGGAGGAGGAGAGGAGAUUGGAGAAACUGGCGGAGGAGUUUUUAAAGAAGAAUGCGAAGAAGGGGAAGAAGGGAGUGGGAGACGGCGCGGCGGAGAAGUAUGUGGCGAAGUAUAGAGAGGAGUCGGCGAGAUGUGCUAAGCAAGUUGAGGAGGCUGUGAGGGAAGCUUGUGGGAGUGGGAAAAGGAAAGGGAAGGGUGUGAAUGAUGGGGUGGAUUCGAAGAAAUUGAAGAUUUGGAUGGGAAAGAGAAAAAUGGCUGAAAGUGACAGCGAAGGUAGCAGCGACGAUGAGGAAUAUGAGAAAUCUGUUGUUCUAAACAAUAGUAACAGUUCAAGUAUUAGUAAAGAAGCAAACGGGAGUUCAGAUUCAGUUACUGGUGGGGAAGUAGAUGGAAACUGCUCCGGUGGUGUGUCAUGUGAGAGUGGUUCUGAGGAAGAAAAAGGUGCUGCUGCUGUCGAGGAAAAACUGAAAUAUAAUCCUUCUCGUGAAACAGUAUCUCCUGAAGGGGACGAUGUAGUUGAACCAGAAAAUCAUGGGGGUGCAACGUGCUCAGACACUGCUGAGAUUUCUAGAAUUGAUGCUGUUAAUUCUGAAAAGCAUAAGGAUGCUGAGCCUGAUUUUCAACCCAUGCUAGUUUCAGAAUCAGUUAGUGUCGAAGUUACUCAAAGCAAGCCAAUAUCUGCAGACCCUGAAAUAGUUGUUGCAAAUGUUAAAGAAACCGAGUCGGAGAAACCAAUAAAUUUUGAUGAUUUCAGUUCUGCAGUUGAGAUGGAGGCUGUUGGCAUGGAAAGGUUGAAGAAUGAACUGCAAGCUCAUGGGCUGAAAUGCGGAGGUACUUUGCAAGAGCGUGCUGCCCGUCUUUUCCUGCUAAAAACUACUCCUUUGGAUAAGCUGCCAAAAAAGCUACUUGCCAAGAAAUGAACUCUAGUAUCCAGUCCCUAUCUGACUGCUACUAUUGAGAAUGUAUUCCUCAGAAUGUAUAGUUUGAAACGCCCUAUAGUUUGUCGUAAUAGCCCUCCCUUGUAUACUCCUUAAAGAACAGGCUCAAUGGUUACUUAUUUUCUCUAA